AUGAUUUCACGCGCUGCCGUGUUGUUGGACGCGCCAGGGGGAGGUGCGGCGGAGGAGGAGUGUAGUACGUCGUCGUCGUCUUCGAUCGGGAGGAACAGCGAUGUGUCGUCGGAGGGAUCAAUGAAGGAAGGAGAAGACGAGGGGGAAAGUGCCUACCAUGGACCUUUGCAUGCUAUGGAAACCUUGGAAGAGGUUCUUCCCAUAAGGAGAAGCAUCUCAAAGUUUUACAAUGGCAAGUCGAAAUCAUUCACCACCCUGGCUGAUGCAGUAUCUUCCCCAUCGGUUAAAGACAUUGCAAAGCCAGAGAAUGCCUACACCAGGAAGCGUAGGAAUAUGAUGGCAUUGAAUCAUGUUUUGGACAAGAAUAGAAACUACCCUCUAAGAUUCAGUGGCGGUGGCAUUUGCAAGAGAUCAAUCAGCUUGAGUAGAAGUACUCUGGCUCUUGCUUUUGCCAUGAACAAUUCUGACAGCAGUAGUAGCAUCACAAGUGAAGACUCCGGUUCGAGCUCAAACUCGAUACCAUCACCUUCAUCGUUAUCAUCACUUCCACCACUUCAUCCUAGAAAUAGAGUGCCUUCUGGUACAGGCCCAUCCUCUCCUUCGCAGCGAAAUUUCAGUCCCCGGAGAUCAUUUUCCGUGGCUGAUCUGCACCAGCAUUGUGCCAUUGCUGCAACCAUGAAGAUUUCAAGUACUUCCAUUGGAAAUAAAACAGCUCAUCCAUCAUAA